AUGUCAGCAACUGGCCACCAAGGCAACCCGAAAAUCAGCUCCGACAACUGGAGGAGUGAAGAAACCACACAGAUUCAGGCCAGGGACAGUGGCCUUGAGAGAAAUCAAAAAGAAGCUGUUGAGGCAUACCUUGUGGGGAUGUUUGAGGAUACCAAUUUGUGUGCUAUUCAUUCUAAAAGAGUUAUUAUUAUGCCUAAGGAUAUUCAGCUUACUAUAAGGAUUAGAGGAGAAAAGGCUUAG